CUGAUAUCAGAGAUCUACAAUGGCCGGAGGCCGUCGUAAGAGGGAAUCCGGUGCCGUUUCAUCUGCAGCCCGCCGCCGCCUGAAAAUCAAGAAGUGGAAUGUCGUCCCGGCCGCCGACCGAGCGCCCAUCAAGACGAGUAGUGGCGGCUUCUUCCCGGAAGAAAUGGUGAAUGAAAUCUUGUUGAGGCUCCCCUCGGCUCCUGCAUCUUCCAUUCACAACAUCCUCUUCGGGCCGGGCGUUGAUUCCACCGGAGACGACGAAACUGCUCAGGUUCUAGUCAAGGGCGCUGCCGACGACAAUGGCGACGGCUACGCCACAUCCCACUUCGUCUACUCUCUGCUCUCCUACAAGAGUCUGGAACCCAUCACCCCAAUCGGUAAAGACCCUGAUUUGCCCUGUGUCCCCAAUAAGGUUCGCUCUUAUACCUUCCCCUGCGAUGGAAUUACAUCUGAUUUCGAAUUAGACUUGUCAAUUGUGGGUUGCUGUGAUGGGAUUGUUUGUAUCGCCGAUAAACUCUACUCCAAUGCCUCCGACAUUAUCCUCUGGAAUCCGGCAACUUCAGAGACCAAGAUUUUGCCGCGUUCCCCCUUUAGCGGUGAUCGGACUGGUCCUGACGGCCGUCUGUUUGAAGAGCUGAUUGGUUUUGGGUUCGAUUCGCAGACGAAUGACUACAAGGUCAUUAGGAGCAUUAGCGCCGAUUCGUUCGGUAUUGAUGAUUUCGAGCCAGUUAGACCUGAUCCAUGGUCUGUUGUGGAGAUGUACAGCUUGAGGAAUGAUUCGUGGAGGAGAAUUGAUGGCCAGUACUCGCCAGUCGUCUCGAAUCCGGUUCGUUAUCCCCAUACGUACCGUGGGGAGAUGCUUUACUGGUGGAAAUCGGGUCGUGAAGACACACAGAUGUUGUCAUGGGACUUUGGGAAAGAAGUGUUUGAUUGGAUCAACUUCCCUAAGCCAACUGGUAAGUACGGAUGGGCUGCUGAUUCCUGCACUCUGCUGAAGGACUCCAUCGUGGGUGUGUUUUCGGAUUGCAGGGGCAACCGCUGCAGGGAUCGCUGUUUCGAGAUACGGGUGCUGCUGAAAUUCGACCAAUCUGUGCCUUGGACUUUGCUGUAUAGUGUUUCCGACCUGGCUGGGGCGUAUGAAUUCCCUGCUAUUUGGAGGGGGGGUUGUUACUUUGUGGAUAUUAAGCUUUUUGGGUGUUUUAGUUGUCAGAAUGCAGGGUUGCUCGUCUUCGACCCGGAGACGGACUUGCUUCGUGGAGUUGGGACCGAGGACAAGGCCAUGAUCGAGAUUGUCACAUUUGUUCCAUCCCAGAUGUCGUUGUCCGGCUUCAAGAUGGAAGAUUGAUGAUAUUUCGUGUCGUCGUUGUGAUCGAUUAUGUGGCUUUUGGGAAUGGAGGUGCAUUGUUUUGUUUCACUUCAGCCAUGUAUGAUCGUAGAUAGGUGUUGCUUGUUUACGUUUAGGUGUUCCUUGUGCUUCUCUUGAAGUUGGGUAGUAGGUGGUAAUUGAGUCAUAGGUUGCUAUAGUCCUAGCUCGUCUGGUUCGUGUAUGGCUGUUAGGGUUCUGUUAUUUUGGUAAAGCUCAAAAUUGCAGUAGCUUCUUCUAUCACAUGUCUGCAAUUUCAAGCUUAUAUAUGCUUUGUACCUUCAACUAUCGUGACAUUUACAGCGUAAUGUAUGAAAGGAAGUCGGGUCAAUUUGGUAGUUUGUUUAGUUUAUGGAGGUUGCAUAGCAUCAUCUUUGAGCAGGUGCGAUAUUUAAUGGAGGCUGCAUAGAUUGGCCUGUGAUUGGAAGUAAAUGGGUAUUCAUGUU